AUGGCGGGAAAUUUUAGAGAAGUUUACAACGUGACGGGUUUGUUGGAAAAAUCCGCUCAGAAAGUGUUUUUGGGUAUCGUCAUUUCCGGUUUGAUUAGCGUUAGUCUUUUACUUUCAUUUAUUGGCAUUUGCUCAGUUUACGGAUGUUGUGAUAAACAUAAAAAAGGAAGGUAUGGAGAAGAUGAUAUGGGAAAUAAUCAAGUGAAUGAAGUUGCAAUUAUUGGAUUACCAGAAGGUACUUAUGAACAAAUUGAUAUUGAUACUGAUUUUUCUGCUAUGGAUAUAUGA